AUGGAUCAUGCUUCUAUUAAUGACAUGAUGAAACUUGAUUCCAAGACACCAUGGGGAAAUCGAUUUGCUUUUUUACAUAUACCAAUUCCCAAAUUCAGAAAUGAUCAAUUUUCAAAUCCAUUGGAUAUUGUUCGGUAUGCCCAAAAAGUAAUCGGGAGAAAGAGAAAAUCUUUAUCUGUUUCCCUCAACGGUAGGCUAUUGGAGAUGGUGAAGAAAUUUAAAGGCUAUGAGGCAGUGGCGGCAGAGUUCAUAUACAGCACGGUAACAAAUGCAGGCAUGGUUAUCUCAAAUAUGAUUGGUCCGGUGGAACAUAUGGCUCUGGCUAAUCAACCUGUUAAGGGCUUAUAUUAUUCCCUGGUUGGGACACCCGAGGACCUGGAUAUAAACAUUGUGAGUUACAUGGGGAAGCUGAGCGUUACCUUUGGAACUAAAGAAGGGCAUAUAGACCAGCAGAAGUUCAAGUCAUGCAUGGAACAAGCUUUUGACACCAUCUUCAAAGCAGCACGAAACUCUUAA